GAAGUCUACAAAUAGAAGAGCUCCACCGGCGUGAACUGAAGUUGUCCUAAGGAAAAAUUUCAUUGCAUGGAUUGUGUAAACUCACUGAGACUGAAGUAAAGCUGGAAAGGAACCUACAAGUGAAUAAAACAAGAAGUUUGGAAUUGGAUUUGGGGAAUCUGGGCUUGGAAAUGCCUCAGCCCAGUGUGAGUGGAAUGGACCCUCCUUUUGGGGACGCCUUUCGGAGCCAUGCAUUUUCAGAGCAGACUCUGAUGAGCACGGAUCUCUUGGCAAGCAGUUCAGAUCCAGACUUCAUGUAUGAACUGGACAGAGAAAUGGACUAUCAGCAAAGCUCCAGAGACAACUUACUUUCAAUGGAGGACUGCAAAGACCUUGAGAACUUGGAGUCUUUUACGGACAUCCUGGACAAAGAAGCUGCUCUCACCUCAAAGUGGGAGCAGUGGGACACCUACUGUGAAGACCUAACUAAGUACACUAAAUUAACCAGCUGUGACAUCUGGGGAACAAAAGAGGUGGAUUACCUGGGCCUUGAUGACUUUUCAAGCCCAUAUCAAGAUGAAGAGGUGAUAAGCAAAACGCCGACACUGGCUCAGCUUAACAGCGAGGACUCCCAGCCCGUUUCUGACUCACUCUAUUACCCUGAUUUGCUCUUCAGUGUAAAACAAAACCCUUUAAAUUCUUUGUUACCUGGCAAAAAAAUUGCAACCAGAGCAGCAGCCCCAGUCUGUUCCUCCAAGAACGUUCAGGCUGAGGCACCUUUGUCGGACUGUGUUCAGAAGGCAAGCAAACCUGCAACUCAGCCUGCUUCCAGUACACAAAUCAUGGUGAAGACCAACGUGUACAAUAACGAAAAGGUGAACGUUCAUGUUGAAUGUAAAGACUAUGUUAAAAAGGCAAAAGUAAAGAUCAAUCCUUUACCGCAGAGCAGACCAGUGCUGAGCCAGGCACAUGCUGAUGCAGCAAAGGAGAACACCUGCUAUUGUGGUGCUGUAGCAAAGAGACAAGAAAGAAAAGGAAUAGAGUCCCCGCAUAGUCACAGUACGCCUCCUAUAUUGCCUUUUAAAGAGACUCAAGAACUGCUCCUCAGUCCACCCCAGGAAGCCCCAGGGCUUAUUGUGGGGGAGAGCAGUCUUUCUGCCAGCACAUCGGUGUCAGAUUCUUCGCAGAAGAAAGAAGAGCACAACUAUUCUCUUUUUGUAACAGACAGUUUGGGUGAACAGUCAGCCAAAGGAGACCCCGAGGAAGAUGAGGAUGAUGAGGAUGAUAUUGAAGAUGAGGACCACGAUGAAGGAUUCGGCAGUGAGCACGAGCUGUCUGAAAACGACGACGAGGAAGAAGAUUAUGAGGAUGAUAAAGAUGAUGACAUCAGCGAUACUUUCUCAGAACCAGCAGUAACACUUAGUGGGUCUUCAAAGGAUACUGAAUUCCUCUCUUCUGCAUGUAGAAAUGGAGCCUUAACAACAGAAAUAAGAACUAACCUUCACCUAGAAGGGUAUGAAAAUGAUUCUGUGGAGGAUUUAAAAGAAAUGACUGCAAUAUCCUCUCGGAAAAGAGGCAAGCGAAGAUACUUCUGGGAGUACAGCGAGCAACUAACGCCAUCGCAACAAGAAAGAAUGCUGAGGCCGUCCGAGUGGAAUCGAGAUACCUUACCAAGUAACAUGUAUCAGAAGAAUGGCCUCCAUCAUGGAAAAUAUGCAGCAAAGAAGUCACGGAGGACUGACGUAGAAGACCUGACUCCCAACCCCAGAAAACUUCUACAGAUUGGUAAUGAGCUGAGGAAGCUGAAUAAGGUGAUCAGUGACCUGACGCCAGUCAGUGAACUUCCCUUAACGGCCAGACCGAGGUCAAGAAAAGAAAAGAACAAGCUGGCUUCCAGGGCUUGUAGACUAAAAAAGAAAGCCCAGUAUGAAGCCAAUAAAGUAAAACUCUGGGGUCUCAACACGGAAUAUGAUAAUUUACUGUUUGUGAUCAACUCCAUUAAACAAGAAAUAGUUAGUCGGGUGCAGGUUCCUAAAGAUGACAGAGGAGUCAACAUGGAACAAAAGUUGAACGUACUUAUUAAAGACACUCUUGGACUCCCUGUAGCUGGACAGACAUCAGAAUUUGUGAAUCAAGUUCUAGAGAAGACUGCAGAAGGAGACCCCACCGGUGGCCUUGUAGGGCUACGAAUACCAAUGUCAAAAGUUUAA